AUGAAUAGCAGCUGUAAUGUGCAUCAAGGGCAGUCUGAGAUCCUGUUCAGAAUCGUACCAGUUCUUCUUUAUGGUCCAUCUAAAAUUGUGCGAACUUACGCCUUCGUUGAUGAUGGUUCGGAACUUACACUGAUGGAGCAGAGUUUAGCUGACGAGUUAGGAGUACAUGGUCCGACGAAAUCCCUUUGUCUGCGAUGGACCGGUGGAACGAACAGAACAGAAGAUUUGUCUCAAAAGGUAAAUGUUCAGAUCUCAAGUGUCACAAAUCCCUCCAAGAAGUAUACACUUCACGAAGUACACACAGUUGGCAGUCUGCAACUCCGACCGCAGACACUAUUAAUUACUGAAAUCCAGAAUAAAUACCGUCAUCUCAAGGCCUUACCGGUAGAAUCGUAUCAAGAGGUUAGUCCACAACUUCUCAUCGGACUGGAUCAUGCAAGCUUGGGAAACGUGAUGAAAUAUCGCGAGGGUAAUCCGAACGAGCCCAUAGGAGUCAAAACUCGCCUUGGAUGGAUAAUUUACGGAUGCUGUACCAAGACAUCGAACGGUGGUAGUCACGUUAAUCAUCACAGUGUUCAACUCUGUCAGUGUGAAACUAAAUCGGAUGAUCAGCUGCACGAAGCCAUGAAACAAUAUUUCUCACUGGAAAGUAUGGGAAUCAGUAAGCCAGAUAAACUGUUGCUAUCCAACGAUGAGCAAAGAGCGAUAGAGUUGUUGCAGAAAUUGACCAAGCGUGUGAAUGGGAGAUACGAAUCCGGUCUGCUUAUGCGGUACGAUAAUGUAAGACUUCCAGACAGCAGACCAAUGGCCCUACGACGAUGGGAAUGUCUUGAUCGACGAAUGCAGAAAGACGAAAACCUAGCUCUGGUAUUAAAUGCAAAAAUAAAUGAUUGCUUAGCCAAGGGCUACAUGAGGAAGCUUACCGUGGAGGAAACAGAGACUGCUCGUAACCCAGUCUGGUACCUUCCAGUAUUUCCGGUUAUGAAUCCUAACAAACCUGGAAAGGUAAGACUCGUCUGGGACGCGGCGGCGGCCUGUUAUGGGGUCUCUCUAAAUUCAGUCCUCCUUAAAGGACCUGAUCAAGUAACCUCUCUCUUGUCAAUCAUGGUACGGUUUCGCGAAUUCCGGGUGGCAGUUUCCGGUGACCUCCGGGAAAUGUUUCUUCAAAUCCUGAUGAGAUCUGAGGAUCAGCACUUCCUACGCUUCUUUUGGAAGGCGAACGCUGGAGACACAACUCCUAGUACGUACGUUAUGCAGGCAUUGCCAUUUGGAACGUGCUGCUCUCCAAGCAUAGCUCAGUAUGUUAAGAACACCCACGCAAAACAAUUCGAGCAGGAAUUUCCGGAAGCUGUGCACGCCAUCGUUCAUCAGCACUAUGUCGACGAUAUGCUGAUCAGUGCUGAAACGGAGGAGAAAGCAAUCCAGCUGGUGAAGGACAUCAAAAAUAUUCACGAAUCCGGAGGGUUCCAAAUGCGGAAUUGGGUGUCAAAUUCACCGGCAAUAGUCGAUGCACUGAACGGAGAGAGAAUCAACGAAGUGAACCUGAGCGUUGGCGAAGCAAAUGCCGCUGAAAAAGUUCUCGGAAUGUGGUGGAACACAAAAGAGGACUGCUUCACAUACAAGCUAUCUCCCCGCCUCGACGUUGACUUGUUGUCUGGACGUAAACGACCAACCAAACGUGAAGUCCUGAGGACCUUAAUGAUGGUAUUCGACCCGCUGGGUUUGAUCAGUAAUUUCCUCAUGUUUUUGCGAAGUCUUUUACAAGAAAUUUGGAGAGCAUCUAUCGGUUGGGAUGAGCCGAUUCACGACUGCCACUUUGAGAAAUGGCUCGUUUGGCUUCGAGUUCUUCCGCGUGUAGCAGAUAUCAAGAUCCCUCGGUGCUAUCGGGCGGUUACGUCUUCAGGAGAAGGGACCGUCGUGCAAAUGCACACCUUUGUGGAUGCGAGCGAAAGUGGUUUCGCGGCCGUCGUUUAUCUUCGUUUUCAAGAAAAUGACACGGUUGAAAUUGCAUUGGCAGGAGCGAAAAGCAGAGUCACACCACUAAAAUUUCUAUCCAUACCUCGCUCUGAACUGCAAGCUGCAAUCAUCGGAGCUAGGCUGGCAGACUCCAUUCUUGGAUCGCUCUCUAUUGCGGUCCAAAAACGCUAUUUCUGGACAGAUUCCAGAGACGUCAUGUGUUGGUUACACUCCGAUCACAGGCGCUACAGCCAAUAUGUGGCUGUACGUGUUAGUGAGAUUUUAGAGACGACAGGCAUCCGAGAUUGGCGAUGGGUCCCUACAAAAAUGAACGUAGCGGACGAAGGAACCAAAUGGAAAAGUUCACCAAUUUUGAGCAGCUCUAGCCGAUGGUUCCGUGGUCCAGAAUUUCUCUGGAAAGCUGAAGGAGAAUGGCCAGCAGCUUCUCAGUCCGUUAGUUUCACCGACACCGAGCUUCGUCCGCACAUGCACCUUCAUUUCAAAUCAUUCGAGCCGAUCAUCGAUGUGAGUCGCUUUAGCAAAUGGUCAGUAAUUCUGAAGGUCACAGCUUUCGUAUUUAGAGCCAUCAAGAACAUGCAGCGAACCAUCAGGAAGACUCCUCAAGCUAAAGGACCACUUACUAGCGACGAACUAUCAACGGCUGAGUCUUAUUUAUACCAAAGAAGUGCAUAUGAAGAGGAAAUUUCAGUUUUAUCCAUCAACCAUCAGAAGCCGUCAGAAAAACUAGUUCCCAAAAGUAGCCCCUUGUUCCGUCUUUGCCCGUUCAUGGAUGAAAUGGGAGUCCUAAGGAUCCGCGGGCGAACUAACGUUUGCCAGUUUAUCGACAGCAGCGUUGCUAAUCCCGUUAUUCUUCCACGAGAACACAGCAUAACUAGGCUAAUCGUAUUGCAUAUCCAUCAGAAGUUCCUGCAUCAGAACCACGAAAUCAUCAUAAAUGAAUUGAAACAACGUUAUUACAUUUGCCGUCUAAAAGCUGUCUACAAAUCAGUCCGUAAAAACUGCCAAUUUUGCAAGAACGAAUGA